GUUUUUCCGCUGAAAGCUUUCAGUAUCCCUUCCGGGCUCUAGCGGAGCAGAACAACUUCUGACCACACCAUCCAUUCCGGAGUGACCCACCGGACACUGGAAAUCUUGUUGCUGGAAAAAAAACCCUUAAAAUGUGGUGAUUGAAAAAGUCUCCUUUUCUUUUCCCGUUGCCUGUGUGGUGGUGGUGAGUUUUGGCUUCCAAGAGAAUUGGGAAAAAGUGGAUUUUCGUGGAAGCAACUGCUGCGAAACUGGCGAAAGUUGGAAAAGCCCAAGCUGCACACAACAAGGACGAGGACACACAACUAGACACCGAAAGGAGCAGCAACAACGACCGUGCAAAAGCAUAGAAAAUCGAAACACUGCACCAGGUCAAUUUGCCCCGUGAUCGAAACGCCUCCCUGGUUUAUCUGAUUGAGCAGAGUUGAUAAUCUUGGCAGCGAAAAUUGCUGACCCGCGACGAACUUCCACUUCCGGCGAUGUCAACCAUGCGGAUCUGGACGACCGAUAGUCAACACGAUGGUCACAUAACUGACAACAAAAACAACAUAAAUCAUACCGACGCCGCCGGCGGAAGUACGCCCAGCGAUGCGGCCAAUGACUCCAACCCUUACCUGGUGGGGGUGCAAUCUAGGUUUCGCCGGCGCUAUUACCACAAAUCUAUUUUCAUCGCGCUAGUUGUCAUCAUCAUUAUUCUCCUAAUUGGAAUCAUUGUUAUUGCCUGUUUGCUCCAUUUCCCGCCGGAGAUCUGCCUCAGCCCGGAGUGUCUCCGGUCGGCGGCGGACCUCAAGCAAACCAUGAACACCCGGGUGGACCCGUGCGAGGACUUUUACGCCUUUACCUGCGGCAACUGGGCCGAGGAUCACCCGCGGCCCGAGACGUACACCAGCUACGACUGGUUCAGCGAGCGGCAGUCCCGCAUCUUGCGCAACAUCCGGGCCUACCUUCAAAAGAAUGACAGUGACUCGGAGCCGGAACCGGUUCGGCAAUCGCGGGCCAUGUACCGGGCCUGCAUGAAUUUGACGGCCAUGGAUUCGCUAGGCUACGAUCCGAUCUUCUCCGUGCUGGGCGAGCUUCAGCUACCGAACCUGCCAACGAUACUGAACCUCACGGACACGGACUACGCGGCGUACAACUUUGACUGGAUACGCUCGUUGGCUAAGGUCAAGCAGCAGCUUCAGCUGGACGUUCUGUUUGGGUUUGACGUGUUUCCCGACCCGAAGGAUCGCGACCAUAACCGGUUGGUGCUGGGCACGAUUGAGACCAGCUCGAGUUUACCCUUCAACGAUCACAUCCUACGGCACGUCAGGGCGGCCAAGCACAGAAUUGUGGUAAGUGAGAGUGAUGACGAUGACGAUGACGUUCUGGAAGUCGAUACGGCAUACCUGAAGGCGUACAAGAAGUUUAUGAUCGCGGCCAUGAAGGUCCUGGCGAACAAUACCGACUCCAAGGUUGAGUUGGACGCGCACGAAGAAAGCUUCCAAAAGGCGGCUGAUAUCUACGUAAAGAUGUCCAAGGUCAUCAAGAAGUUCGAAGAUCAAGCCGAGAAUGCUUCCAAGAGCAACAGCACCGAGGACAGGCUGAACUUGCACGACGUCGUCUACACAACGGCUCCCCAGCUUCAAAACAUGACCGACCUGUACAUAGCUCCGAAGGAGCCUUUCCCGAUUUGGGAGCGCUUCCUGAACAAAGUCUUCGACGGCAUUCCGGAGGCGCAACUCAACGUCAAGGAAGACCUCAUUCUCACCAGCAACGCGGACAUGCUCUAUCUACGACUGCUCGCGGACUACCUCGCACAGACUCCGCUCGCUCACAUCGAGCUGUUCAUCUGGUGGACCGUGGUGGAGGAGCUGAUCCUGCACACGACCACCGAGAUCCGGAAGCUGCACUACGAGCACUACCAGUCGAUGAUGACGGUGAACGGGUUCACGCCGCGAUCGCUGUACUGCACCGGAACGGUCAACAAGCUGAUGGGAAUGGCGGUCAGCUACGCGAUCGCGGGCCAGAACUUCCUGCAGGACACCAAGCCGAAGGUUCAGCAAAUGCUGCAGUACAUCCAGCACGCGUUCGAGCGGCUCGUGCGGGACACGACCUGGAUGGACUGGAGCACGAAGCGCGCCACGCUGGACAAGUCGGAAGCGAUGCGCAGCUUGAUUGGCUUCCCCGAGUGGAUUCUGGACGAGGAGCAGCUGAAGAAGCUGUACGAUACGCUCGACAUCAGCGACUCCCAGCAUCUGGACAACAUGCUGCAGAUCAUACGGUUGAGGAACGUCAAGAAGCUUCGCUACUGGCGACUCAAGAACAUCGUCGGCUGGGACACGCUGCCGACAAACGUGAACGCGUUCCACACCUUUCAGGACAACGCGAUCACUAUUCCGAUAGCGAUCCUGCAGUACCCGUUCUACCAUCUGGGUCUAGAAGCGCUUAACUACGGAGCGAUUGGGACGGUGCUGGGUCACGAGCUGACCCACGGAUUCGACGACAGUGGUAGACAGUUCGACAAGGAUGGUAACCUGAAGCAGUGGUGGUCAAACAGCACGGUUCAAGAGUACGUCAACAGGACGGCUUGUUUCGUGCAGCAGUACAGCGGAUACUACAUCGACGAAGCGGAUGACUACAUCGACGGUCUGCAAACGCUCGGCGAGAAUAUCGCCGACAACGGUGGGGUACGCGAAGCGUACCACGCGUACAAGAUCUACAUGAAGCACCACCGGAAGGAGCCGCUCCUACCGGGCUUCGAGAACUACACCCACGAGCAGUUGUUCUUCAUCUCGUACGGCAACCUCUGGUGCGAAUCGCACACGGCGUCCGCGGCCAAGGCCGCCUUGGAUGACACGCACUGUCCGGGCUGGAUACGGCUCAAGGGCGUGCUCAGCAACUCGCCCGAGUUUAGCCGGACGUUCGGGUGCAAGGUGGGUAGCGGGAUGAAUCCCGCCGCCGGCGAAAAGUGUCGGAUUUGGUGAAACAAUAUUUGCCCGGCAAUCAAAAAGUGUGUGUGUUUGUAAUUUUUCAAGUGCAUUCAAGUACAAGGUUUUCAAUUUCCAGUGCAACCCGAGUGUGAUAUGAAAGCAAUAAACUUUUUCAAAACAGCA